AUGACACGAAGACAUAGUCCAAACAUCAUCAUCACGGGGACUCCCGGGUGUGGGAAAACUUCUCACUCCGAAAGUCUUGUGAACCAAUUGAACCAAUCUCUUCAUGAGGAAGGAACCGUGUAUCAUUUCACUCAUCUCAACAUCAGUGAGGUUGCAAAAGAGCGUGAUUGCAUAGAGUCAUACGACAAGAAGCGCGAUACUUCAGUUGUGGACGAAGAUAAACUUCUUGAUUUUUUGGAGCCUGAUUUGGAAAAAGGCGGUGUGAUAGUAGACUGGCACUGUUGUGAUAUCUUCCCCGAGAGACUCAUCGACUUGGUGAUUGUGUUAAAGACCGACAAUUCACAGCUAUACGAUCGGUUGAAGAAGCGAAAUUAUAAAGAUGCCAAGAUACAGGAAAAUUUGGAUUGCGAAAUCAUGGAGGUUGUGUUGAACGAGGCUCGCGACAGCUACAUACCCGAUAUCGUCAUUGAGUUGCAAAGCGAUAACGCUGAGCAGAUGGACGAGAAUGUGGACAGGAUAUUGUCGUGGGUGGAGAAUUGGAUCAAAGACCAUCCAAAGGGGGUGACGAAUGACUUGAAAGAGCCAGAAGGGUACCGGGACGAGGAUGGUGAAGAGGAAGAUGGAGAUUUUUCUGAUGAGACAUUUGAUUCAGAGGAUGCAGAAGACAAUGAAGAUGACGAUGACGAUGACGAUGAAGAUGCUGCAUUUGAAAAAGACGAUGACGUGCAAGAUCCUGCUAGUGCUGAGGAAGGUCUCAGUAGUGAGCAGAAGUACGAAUUGGAGCAACAAGGACAAGACGAAGAACAAGAUAGAGAAGACAACGAGGAAGCUACAAACGAGGAAAUGGAGCAUACCGAAGACAUUGCGCAAUAA